AUGCGCCUACUCGUUCUGCUUGGCCUGCUUGCGGGGCUCGCGGCCACUCUAAGAACGGGCGACGCCCUCGGCUCGGACUCGAUUGUGCACGCCAGCAUCGACCUCGACGGGCGGUCUGGGGGCACCUCCCGGCAAGCGGGCGGCGCCAGCCGCGGGCCGAACGCCUUCGCGUCGCUCGGCGAGGACGCGGGCGCGGAGGCGGCCGCGGUUCUCAAUGUUCAGGGCGAUUUUGCCGGCAUCGCGACCUGCGUGAAUUCGUGCAAGGCGCUAUGCACGUCAACCCGUGCGAAGUGUCUGAUGAAGGCGUACUCGGAUGGGCGAGGCCCGUCCAUCCAACAGUUGUGGUGGGGAGCCCCUCUCGACAAAUACCCGGGGUACGACGGCCCUCUCCCGUCCAUGCUCUCGGAGGGGGAUUGCAUCGCUCACAUCCUCUUGGGCGCGAGCGUUGGCGAUCCCGGAGCUGACGUCGCGCUCGUGGAGAUGGGCACGUGGUUGGGCGCCGCGAGCGUCUGCACUGCCGCGGGCCUGAGCCUCGCGCGUUCGACUGUGGAAUACCACGCCUUUGAUCUAUUCAGUAUGCCCCCCUCCAAGCAUAGGGAUAACACAAACUUUCACAAGCUGCACGUCGCCAGGGACGUGCCACCCGUGAAGGCGUUGAUCGAAUCGCCGGAUCACCGCUACGAGGCCAUGUGGAACGAGAUCGUGACGCAGGUGUACCCGUCCAAGCGAGUGCACUCGCAUGCGGGGUUCAUCGGAAGCACCGGAGUGGGCGGUGCGAGCGCAGAUUGGAACGACAAGAAGGUCGGGCUGUUCAUGAUCGAUUCGGCAAAGGAUUAUCACCAGCUCGUCUUACAAUCACACGCGGUGUGGAACAAGCUCCGUCCGGGGUCUGUCGUGCUCUUCUCGGACUUUCUCAUGCCCCUCAAAUCGUGCAGCAAUGCGGUGCGCGCAAACUUCAGCCAGAUCCAAUCCGUACCCGGGUUCGUGUACCGAUCACUCGUCGAGAAAGGCCUGUUCAAGCUCCUGUGGGUCUUCCCCAAGAGCCAGCAGGUCGCGUUUGAGGUGACGGACAAGUACCAACCGUCCAGGGCGCAGGAGUACCUCACGAGGUGCACAUACCCUAAGCAGAAAUGCCCGCCGAAGCCGGAUUGGGCCGCGAGGUUCCACGGGGAAAUCAAGGGCAACCUGAGGGAUCGCAGAUACUCGACCGGCUUCUUCAUGAAGCAGAUGAAUCGCACGAAGAACAUCUUCAAGUGCGACCAGUAG